AUGUCAAGUACACAUAUAACAUCUGAUGAACUUAUUAUAACUGGUACAAUAGUUCCAGAGCUUCACUAUGAAGAAAAUCUAUCUUAUCCUAUUCCUAUACGAUUAGGACUUGAAGUUAUGAUACAAUUUCAUAAAAAUCCCUUUAUUUUCGUGUAUACUAAAACUAAGUUUUCGGAACUCGCAUAUUUGGGUUUAGAUCAAAAUAAAACAGCACAAAAAUUAUUAGAAAAUGUUACUUUUUGCCUCUUUAUUAUUAAGCUAGAAAGUAUAUCAAUUUUUGUAAGUUCACUUGAUAAAAUUACACAUUCAAAUAAAAUUAGUAAUCAUUAUACUGCAUCAUUAUUUUAUAAAUAUAAAACAAAACAAGACACUUCACCAAAUGCUGUUUGGCAACAAACUGGAGUAUUAAAAUCUAUUUGUGGUGAAACUUUAUUUGUCAUAAAUCAUCCUACAACUUUAUAUAAUUUAGAACAAAUAUAUAAAACCCAAUUUCAUUAUCAAAUAUCUAUACCCAAUAAUUGUACAGUAGCAGAUUGGGACAAUGAAAUAAUUAUGAAUCAUCUAUUUGAAUUAUAUUUAAAAAAAGCAGUUAGUAAAUCAAAUGAAGAAUGGCAUCAGGUAUUUCAAAGUUGGAAGCAGCAGAAAAGUAAUAUAAUAGAACUUUAUACUCAUAUUAGAAAAACCUAUGGACAAGAUCAUGAAUUUCGAAAUCGUGAAUUAUAG